AUGGAAGUGGUGGAGUGGGCGGAGGACAUCGACGAGUUGGCGGAGCUGUUCGAGCGGCAGGAGGGGCUCGGGCGACGACGCGUGCGUGGCAUCUGCGGGCGCGUCACGAAGGGCCGGACCGAAGACGACUUCCGCCUUCUCAGCGACGGACCCACCAAACGGUUGUCGUGGGUGGUGGGGCCGGAUGGCCUCGAGCAGUUGUGUGGAAAGAGCCCGCGGGACAUGCUGCUGGCCAUCGGCAAGGACACGCCCUGGCUCCGCCGCACCCUCGACAAGGGCUAUCGGUUCAGGCUGUGCCUGUUCCCCGAGGUGCAAGCGAGGCAGGCCACAUGGGACGGAGUGCUUGAGCUCGUCCGCGAUGCCUUCCCCGAGGCCUGGCCCCACGUGGAGCCCCACGUCCACCUGUUGCCCAAGUACACGCUUGAGGAGGUGCAGGCGCGCUUCACCGAGUUCGACAUUCACGCUUCGUUUCGAGAGGGCCGGGACCAUCACCACUUCAUGACCCUCGAGCGAUAUCUGAAGUCGAGCGGGUCGUUGGGGCACACGAGGGCAUUCCUCUACCACGAGGUCGGCCUCUCCCAACUCUUCCACGGCGACGGCUUCACCCGGACCGAGGACGGCCAAGUCGGCUUGAGAGAGUACCUGGUGCCCAACCGCCCACUGACGUCAUUCGCCAAGCACCGCAGCGUGGAGCUGCCCCUCGACCUGGACCCAGGGCUGCCACCCGAUGCCUGA